GAAGUGUGUGCCGCUAACGUUAGCCUUUAGCUCCCCGCCGGGACAGAGCUGUUACAUUCCGGUCACAAUGAUUUGAUCUAAGUUUACAUCGUGAAACACCGACCGAUACCUCACGCACAGCAUCGACACUUUUCUGCUUAGCCUGUGCCUCUGAACAUGUGCACAUGGAGGACAAGAAAGUGAAGCGCAGGAGUCCCAGGACGUCCUCCAGUGGAGCAGGGCCUCCCUCAGGGUCUGCCCGAAAGAGCAGCUCCUCCUCUGGGGGCAGACAUGUGCCCAACAACAUGGGCACCAACUCCAGCCAGAAGAGCAAAGGCAGGAGAGGGGUCAAAGACAAACCCAGGUACCCGCCAGGUUCCAAGACUCCUGCCCAGGGCCAGGCCACGCCCAUCGUCCAGCACUCUUUCCUGACAGAUGUGUCCGAUGUGCAGGAGAUGGAGAAGGGCCUGCUCAGCCUCCUCAACGACUUCCACUCAGGCAAACUGCAGGCUUUUGGUAACGAGUGCUCCAUAGAUCAGAUGGAGCACGUGAGGGAGAUGCAGGAGAAGCUGGCCCGCCUGCACUUUGACCUGAACGGGGAGGUGGACGAGAUGCCCGAGGACCAGAGGAAAAUGGCAUCUGACACCAACAUGGACAAACUACUGUCCAACUUGGAGGAGCUGAGUUCUUCGAUCCAGAAAUUAAAUCUUGCCGAUAGUCAGGAGAUCCCAAGAACAGCCAGCGUUUAGGACCAACCCAGCCCCAUGGAAGAGGAGGACGGUUUGGAAGGUCUUCUGCCACUUCUGGAAAUGAAAACAACAGUAUUUCACCAGCGUGUUCUUUAAAUCGAGCGUUAUUAAUUGAAUGUGCUGACGUUGUUGUUUUUAAUCUAGCUGCUACAAGGAAAAUGAUCAGUUAUAUUUUUUUAACAGAGAAUGUACAAGUGAGUUUCAGCCGUCAAAUCAAAUUUUCUUCCGUCAGGAGUGGGCAGCGGGGUUGUGCGGUAAUGAUGUCACUUCCGGGUCUGAGCAUGGAGUUAUACGUGUUUCAAUGCUCUUUACUCGCGUCCUUCUCCUCGAUCCCUUUCCUCGAGCCUCUGUUUUUUGCUGUCAGUAAAAUUUGUCAUAUUAAAAGUUGUCCAAAAGAAAACCCAAAAGGAAGGAGUAAAGAUGAGGGAGGCUUCAGGAGACAGACGUCAGAUAAAUGAAUCAAACUGUACUGGUCUCAGUGAGGAGUUUAGAUCCUCUCUCCUCUCUGUGUCUCCUCUGUGCGCAAGACUUCCUCACCCAUUUCCUGCAGAAUCAAGGAGAAGGAGGCGAGGAAAGAGAAAUGAGACGCGGCCAUAGAUCUGGAUGAUCUAGAAGAACCAAAGAUGGCGUUGUGUUGUUUUCACUGGCCUGUGCUCACUGACGUAAAAUGCAAAAAUUCUUCCACAUUACUUCAAUACUUCCUCAAUAUUUCCUCAGUACUUCCUCAAUAUGGGCCAGCGCUGUCCACUGUGUGAAGACAGAAACGUCCACCGUUUGAUUAGUUCUGACGAAUCAGAGUGUGAUCUGCUAGAGCGGAGCUAGAGUGGGCUCAGUGCGGGGCCAGGCUGAGUCUUAAAAAGAUCACUUUAAUGCACUUUGACGAUUCCAAAAUUCUCAAAAAGUUUAUGUUUUGAAAAUGCAGAAGAAUCCUACAGAAUCUGACCUUUGUGAAAGUUACAGAUGCCCUGUCAACAGAACACAGGCAGUUUGAUUUGAGAUGUAAAUAAUGGCAAAAUAAUCUGUCUUAACCUGUGAAUCUGACGAACUACUGGUAACGCUAACAGCUAAUGCUGGCUUAAGCCCCAUUCACACGAGAUAAGUACAACCUGGGGAUGUGUGAUCAUUUGUAAAUUACCACCCCACGUCUGUGUUACUUGCAGCGCAUUCGCACGGGAUAAGCGAAGUCCGUAAAUUACUCUGUACUCUUACUGAUAUUAUGACCAGAUAUGUCAUAACAUCAGCUAUAAAAAUAGGAAGGGCAGUUAGUAUAAAGGCGACUGGACCAGGACUAGACCAGGACUAAACCAGGUCUAAACCAGGACUGGAUCAAGACUGGUAUAGAACUGAAUCGAGACUAAACCAGGACUUAACCAGUGUCGAUCUAGCAGGCCGAGUUGUGCGGAUUUCUCCCUCCCCUGGUUCUCAGUGUCGAUCUCGCAGGCACUAGAUCGCCCCCCGAUAUGGAGGAUAUAACCUAAGUUAUUUGCUAAUUAUAUUAUUUAAAAUGUUCCUUAGCGCUUGCUGCUCCACAUGUCAUCAUCCUGCGAGAAUUGUCUCUCUUCUCGGACCUCUUCCCGUUUCUGCAGAUCGGUUUACAUACAGUGCGAUACGGGGCCAUAUUAGAAUUUGCCCCUAAAAACUGUCAAAACUGCUAAUCAAAAUUUCUACUGCAGCCUCCAUAUUCAAGUCGGAAAGAUAGAAAAGGCACAAUUACCACAACAAACACUGAGAUGCAGAUUCACACGGGACGAGUAUUAUCACUGGACGUCUGUGUUUGGAGAAAUAUAGUCGGUCAUCUGCGGCGGAAUUGUUACUUUACAAAUUACAAACAUGGCGCAUUCACACAGGAUUAAGAUCUCAGGAAUCCUCCGCAAUUAUUACAAUUCACCAAAGGUCCACAGGUUAUACUAAUCCUGUGCGAAUAGGGCUUUACCCUAGCCUAGCUUCUUACCUCAACCUCGUAAACUCUUCUACACUUCUGUCACACCUAUAACCUUGUUUAGGGAGACCAGACGUCCCUAUUUACUCAGGACAGUUCUGGUUUUGAGCCUGUGUCCUCUGUCCCAGCAGAUUUAUCAAAAAGACAGUGAUUAGUCCCAGUUUUAUACAAGAAAUGUCACUGGUGUCCCUAUUUUUGACCAAUUUGAUCCCUGCCAAACAGUAAAGUGAGACAUAAACAGUCAUUUGUUUAGGUAAAAUACAGAAAAGCUGCUUAAAAACGACCAAAACACAAAGAAAAUGUGACUAUACUGACUCACAUCUCAGUCAUGAAUGGGCCGAAUGCAGAACAAUUUUCGUUUCAUUAUUUUAUUAUUGCAAACAAUCACAACCCGGGGGUGUCCCAGUUUUUUUAUUUUGAAAAUCUAGUCACCCUAACAUUGUUGGCGUUAAACAACUGCCGUCUCUUUAGUGUGAUGUGUGUUGUCGCUACAAAAAGAGUAAACUGUGAACAUGUUCGUUGUUUUAAUCAGCUGAUGCUCCUCAGACCCUGAAGUGACGUCACACGUAUCAACCCUGUGGGACAAGUGUUUUGGAUUGUCCCUGUGACAAUAUAUAAAAUGAAAUUAACAAUCCAUCAGAAACCUGUUAAUGUUAUGAUUAAAGCUGCAUUAUGUAACUUUUCAGGUUGGGGGUCCUGCACCUGUUCAUCUCCAUGCAGAUGUCGUUGCUUUGUCUGGAAUGUUCCGCAGUGUGGAAUUGGCCACAUCUUCUCUUCAAUAACAGAAACUCUCACUGUAAAACAACUUGCCACUCCACAGAUCUGAUCACCGGGAUAGAAAAAGUUUAAUGCCAAAUUGUGGAACAUUCCAGGCAAAGCGAUAACAUCACCAUGGAGACAAGCAGGUGGCAGAAAAGUUACAUAGUAGAGCUUUUGGAAAAUAAGAAUGGGCAGUAAAAUGAACCACAAAAGUCCAGAAUAUCACUCUUGUUCUUAAUCUGAACAUAUGAAUUCAUAGUUAUCAUUUUUUAGCAGCUUUUGGACGAGGUGUAACCCUUUUGACCGUUUUCUUACUGUAGAGUAGAUGAUAUUUAAUACUGUUAUUUUGCACAUCUUUAAAACAAUAAUUUAAAUUUUGUCUUGGCAAUAUAUUAAACACGUCUGUUAGAGAUGCACCAAUUCUUUACUGUCAUUGGACAUCAAAAAAAUGCUGAAUUAAACAAUCAAUGUGACUUUAUUUGUCGCCAAGGGGCAGUUUAAGCAAUUUAAAGGGCACAUUGAGCAGUAAAAUACAAUAAUAAUAGAACUCUCAAAUAAAAGUCAGGGUCAUCAGAUCCAGUGUCAGGGCAGUUUGAGGAGAGAAGCAGCCCUCAGGACAAAAGUGUCUCUGAACACACAACAGGAAAAACUCUUCUAAUCCUCUCUCUCACUCCACUCUGUUGUUUCUGUUGGUGAUGAGACAGGACGAUCCCUCGAUGUGUUUCCUCUGAAACGUCUUCUGAACAUUGGCGUAAAGUCUCCAAGCAGGGUCGCCAUGGAUACAGGAAAAACAAACUGCUCAAAUCACACAAUAGGCUCUGUUCACGCUUACGUCACAAACCAGGAAGACGUUUGGAAAGAUGCGAUUACAACUUCCCAGGCCCAGUUUUCUUCAUCUCCAUGUCAUUGUAGAGUUUUAUUAUGUUCAACUAAUCAACAAUUCCAACCACACAUCAGUUUUCAUCAUCUCCACACUGACACAUGACUCCGAGUGCACUGGGUACAUGUGAUUAAAAGAGACGAGGCACCAAAUCUAAGAUGAUUCCAAACAGCACAGACGUCUGCAGUCUUCAUUUUACCUCUGAUCACAUUUACUUCACUGAGUUUGAUCACAUUCAGUUUUAAUAGAUCCAUGUAUGAAGUUGUAAUCACAUCCUUCCCAAAUGUCAUCCUGGUUUGCAGUGUUGGGGAGUAACAGAUUACAUGUACCAGAGUUACAUAAUCAGAGUACAAAUUAUGAGUAACUGUAUUCAGUUACAGUUACUGUUUCAGUGAGUGGUAAUUGGAUUACAGUUACUUUGUUGAAAUAAAUGGAUUACAGGGCAUUAUUUUCCAGUUUUCACAUUUUGGGCUAAACCAGGACUAAAACCAGGACUAAACCAGGACUAAACUAGAACUAAAACCAGGACUAAACUAGAACUAAAACACGACUAAACCAGGUCUAAACAAUAUGACACUAACAGUAGGGGGACAUAAUUGAAGGCAGCAGUGAUCUCAUAUAAAAAUAAUCAUCAAUAAUAUUUUUAAUAUGCUUAAGGAAAAACUGGUCUUUUUAUUGUCUUUAAGCAGAUAAAACAAAACAUCUUAUGUUAAGAUUUCCUCGUCUUUGCUUCUCUACAGUAAACAAAAGUCUGUUCAUGGAGACUUGGGCUCAACAGCCAAUUUGAAGAAAACAAACAAGAAUUUUCAGGAUGUGGUUGUUACAUUCAUGUAGUUUUAAAAAAAAUAUUCAGAUUAUGUUACUCACUUUAAGUAAUUUAAUGGAUUACGUUACAAACUACAUUUUGGGGUAUGUAAUCUGUAUCAAUCAAUCAAUCAAACUUUAUUUGUAUAACACUUUUCAUACAUUUGAAAUGUAGCACAAAGUGCUUCACAUGCAACAGAAAAAAUUACAAUACAAUAAUUAAAAACAACAGCAACCCCCCACCCCACCCCAUUGUUUCAUCCAUAUAUACAACAAUUUAAACAUAAACAUAAAAACAAAAACAUAAAAUCUGUAAUCUGUAGGGAAAUACAUUUUAAAAGUCACCUUCCCAACACUGCUGGUUUGUGACGUAAGCGUGAACAGAGCCUUUCCAAUCGUCCUUAACUUCUGUCCUUUGAGCUGCACAAGCUGCACUUCCACGUUGGUCAAAAUCCCCAAAUAUUAAGUUCAAAAUGCACAAUAAAAAAUGUUUAAAAGUGUGCCAGCCAUUAAGCCACAAGAGCAGAAUAUACAUAUGCAGAAAACACAUUUUGACUAACUGUAUUCUGGUAGUUACAGUUUCAUUUGUCGAUAUUCAGAAUGGAGUUACUUUCCUAAAAUUAAAAUUAUAUGAUCGCACAGUUUUGGGUUCAAACUGCACCGUUUUAAUGAGAAAAAUCGAGAAGUGAAAAAGCUGGAUCGGUGCAUCUCUAACCUCUGUCUUCCACUUUGUCAGAAUUCUGUGUCGGGGCAACUCAUUUCUUUAUCCUUGUAGCCACUUGUUAUCGAUUUGAUUUGCAAUAAGUGACGGUAACCAAAGUUAAAGAAGCACUACGCAUCUUCACCGUUAGAGGGUCCAACAUAUGCUGCUUGUCUCCAUGGAGCUUCGCCUCAAAUGUUCCACAGUGUGGCAUUACAACAUGAUCUUUCAGUUUUUAAAUGCUCAAAAUAAACUUAGUCUUGUGUCGUCAUCGGAACAUUCCAGGCAAAGCAAAAAACUCUCCAUACAGAACAGGAGGUUACGGACCCUCAAACAGAAAAGUUACAGAGUGCGUCUUUAAGAAUGCAAAAAGAAAGUAUUCUGAAAUGGUAAUAAUCAACGUAAGUGCAAUCAUUGUAAUAUUAAAGAGACAUAUGCAGAUAAUAUAUUUUUCAUAACAUAGCUUUAACCGUCUUUACACUGUUUGGAAUGUAAACCAUAUUUUUGCACAUGUCCCGAGUGUGACGCUGGAAACAGAAAAUACGCCUUAAUUUCAACUUUUUUUUUUUUUUUUGCCUUUUCACAACUCACCUUUUUUAAGUGACUUUUACUUCUACUACUUCAUAAUAUUGAGUUGUUUGAUCGUCUGCUUUUGGUUGAAUGUGUUGAGUGACGUUUUAAAUGCAUUUGACAUUUGAAUAAAUCUUGAACUCAUUA